AUAAAUGUUCGCCUUCAACGAGUGUCAAUAGACUGCGGCGUUUCGAAACAGUUCAAUGCAAAUUCCAUUUAAAACAAACAAACAAGGGAAAAAAUCCCAAAGUCUGCCACAAUUGUUACAGGAAAGAAAUUAACGUAAUCCGUAGUUAUGAACAGGCCCAAAUGCGAACAUACACAAUACAAAUAGCGAGGGAAGAAAGCAGGAGUCGCCAAAUAUUCCAUCCCUCUGUAAAGCCAUGCUGGCUGCUUCCUCCGCAAGAGCCGCUCUCAGGCCAGCUCUCAGCGCCUUCUCUUGCAAGCACCUGGUUGCAUGGCACAAAACCCAAGGCCUCAUAAUCUCCUUAUCUUUCUACGCCACCUGGUCAAAAGUGAGCCGCCGCAGAAACCAGGGUACGAAUCCCCUCCGAGAUAGUGGGGUUAAAAUCUCUAUUUGUUCCAGCCUGAGCACAUUGCGCUCAAGCCAUGUGAGAUUGGCGUCUUCUUCGGUCCCGGCCAUGGACGAAGUUGAGUGGAACGAAUCGGGCGAGAAGAAAAAGUUGGCAGUGGAUGUGAACCGUGAGUUGAUACUUGAAGCUCAGCACCAGCAACACAGCCGAUAUAUUCCUGUAAAGGCUUACUUCUUGUCUACUAGUGUGGAUUUGAGGAGCUUGCAGCUUGAACAUGUUCUUGACAUCGUGCCUCCAGCUUCCCGAACUGCAAAUUAUCUGAUAUUUAAAUACACCAAUACUCUAUCUCACCAGUCAUCUACCAGUACUUUGAUAACACAGCAGGGCAUCGAAGGAAGCAAAGAGUCUUGGAGUAGUUUCCAUUACAUGGUAGUCUUUCAAUAUGGGUCUGUUGUGUUGUUCAACAUUGCUGAGCAGGAGGAAGAAAGAUACCUCGAAAUUGUCAAAAAACAUGCUUCAGGCUUGCUUUCUGAGACAAGAAAAGAUGAUUAUGCAGUAGUGGAGAAGCCAUCAUUGGAGACCUGGAUGCAAGGUGGUCCAGAUUACAUAGUUAUGAAAAGACUUGACAUUGAUGGGAUUCGCAUCAUUGGAAGUGUGCUUGGACAAAGCAUUGCAUUGGAUCACUUUGUUCGACAGGUUGAUGGUAUGGUUGGAGAAUUUAUUGAUUUAAAUAAAGGAAUGGAAAAGACUGGAACUUUUACCAUGAAGCAAAAGAAGCUUUUUCAGCUUGUUGGGAAGGCGAAUUCCAAUCUGGCUGAUGUAAUUCUUAAAAUUGGUCUUUUUGAAAGGUCAGACAUUGCCUGGAAGAAUGCGAAGUAUGCAGAAAUUUGGGAAUAUCUUAGAGAUGAAUACGAGCUAAUUCAAAGGUUUGGUAGCCUGGACUUCAAACUCAAGUUUGUAGAGCACAAUGUUCGUUUUUUUCUGGAAAUAUUGGAAAAUAAAAAGUCAGAUUUUUUGGAAUGGCUCAUCAUAACAUUGAUAAGUGCAGAGAUAUUGAUUGCUAUAUAUAACACAAUCAAUAAAUAGUGAUUGCAAUAUAUAACAAUAUCUGAGAUUAGGCUCUGUAAUUCUUGAUUUGUGUGGCAUACAUACAGGAAAGGUGUUUUCCAUGAAAGAUGGAGAACUUGCCACUGGAUUGUUGUAAUUCAAUGUUUAGUACUUGUGAAUAAUGAUGGCAAUAUACUUUCUAGUUAUUAGUUCUGAUGUCCCAACCACACCAUACUUCUCUAGCAUUUAGAAUUUGGUAAUCUUGUUUAUAUGCAAUCCACUUGGGAAAAUUCAUUUUACCCAACUUUAUUGCAUAGCUUUUCUCUGUAAAGUGGACAUGAGUUGUAUCGGAUGUAUAAUAUUGAGCAUGCUUUGGUAAACUAUACAAUGACAAAUUUAAACUUCGUGGAUUGUUCCU